UCGGCAGUCUUCACCAAUGCUGAGUGACAGAUCUCUGGCAUAUAAACCCGGGGGUGGGGGGGGAAACGUUUUACCUUGCCAAGGGCUCAUGACUUUGGAUUACCUUUUGGCAAGCAACCACACAUUAACACCUUAUCGUUGUCGAAUAAUCCCGCGAAAAGUAAUGACUCACGUUUACUGAGCCACCUAGCAUAUAAACACUGUUGGUUUUGAAGUUGAAAAUUUUCCCCUUUAGUGCAAAAUUAGUGCAGUUGCUUCAGUUUUGUCUGGGCCGUUUAGAAGCUUAUGUGGACACGGGCUGCAUGAAGUGAAGACAACAGCUCGUGCUCGACAGAUGAUACAAAGCCAUGGGCAAGUUCCUGAAGCCGGGCAAGGUGGUGCUGGUGCUGGCUGGGCGUUACGCCGGACGCAAGGCCGUCAUCGUCAAGAACCAGGAUGAGGGCACGGCAGACCGGCCGUACGGGCACGCUCUGGUCGCCGGUAUCGACCGCUACCCACGCAAGGUGACGGCGCGCAUGGGCAAGAAGAAGCUGGCGAAGCGCUCCAAGGUGAAGAGCUUCGUGAAGGUGUUCAACUACAACCACCUCAUGCCCACCCGCUACUCGGUUGACAUCCCUCUGGACAAGACGGUGGUGAACAAGGACGUGUUCCGGGACCCAGCGCUCAAGCGCAAGGCACGCCGCGAGGCCAAGGUCAAGUUUGAGGAGAGGUACAAGACUGGAAAGAACAAGUGGUUCUUCCAGAAGCUGCGGUUCUAAUCUUGUCCCAGAACAAUGCGCAAUAAACAUACAUCCGGCUCUCCAGAACGUUAUUA